CACACGUUCGAGCAACGAGGAAGAGCGUUUCCUGUCUUGUCGCUCUCAGCUGUUGAUUUUGAAUUAAGGAUCAGUUAGCGAACCGUCGACGCGCGCAAAUAUUAUGCCAAGUGUACCGGGAAUGUCCUCAAACAAUACGUCGCGCAUCGCUUCAAUUAAGUCGUGUGUAUUUCCCGACGUCGGUGAAUGCGCGCAAUGAAACGCGUCUGUUCUGUAUUAUAAACACGAGAAUCUGGACUGGUGAACGAACCUGAAUCGAAACCGAAUAUCAAUCUCGAAUGAUCGAAGACCAUCUUCUCGGGCAAAGCGUUUCUCCAGCCUCGUUUCAACAAAGUUCGCAGUACAGUAAAUUCUCCCAAAUUGUCCCUCGGCUUGGAAACGAAAAUGGACAAUUUCGAGAAGCUCGAAACUCGCGGCUCGUUUUCAGAGUUUUCGACGGGAAUGAUUUAGUGAUUUUCAUACUAAUUCGAUCAUUUUGGCGACUAUAAUCACCAGGCACGAGGCUCUCGAAUAAUCGUUUCUCCUCUUCCCAAGUUCUCCAAUUUCGUUUCCAAGCUGUGGGACAAUUCGAGAGAAUUUACUGCGCUCUUUUUUAGUUUUCUCAGAAACUCUGCUACAUUUUGAUUUUCAUUUCUGUCGGUUUGAUGGUCGUACGUUUCUUCCAAGGACAUUGCGAUUCGUUUUCGAAGCCUAAAAGUGCUUUAAAAGUGUUCCACGAUUAAUGAAAAAACAGUGAAACGUUAAUAACAAAGUGCCGCCGCCACGUUUUCUACCGCGGUUUUUGGAACUGCCAGUGGGAGAAAAUAAUAGGAAAAACUAUUCCCACAGUUAAUCUAAAGAACCACGUUUCAGAAGAAAUCAUAAAAAUCAAAGAAUUAAUGAUAUAAUUCUAGCUCCGGCGAAGAAAGCGGCCAAUUAAACUCGCGGGAGGCCUUUUAUUGAAAGAUUCGCCUGAAAGAAUGUCAAAAAACACAUAAAAAGCACGAAGAAACCGAAUGCACAAUGAAGAUACUGAAGACAGCUCGGCAGGGUUCAAAAUUGAUCUUCAAACCAUAAACACGAGAUUUGCAUAACGAAAGAACAAUGUCUAGUGAAAAACACGAAGCAUCCGUGAACAGGAUUUUCGGCUCUGAGAAGCGUGAAACCGGCGCAAACGACGAGGCGGCGCGCAACGAAGUAAAACAAAACGAAGCUAAAAACGAGAAGUCGAAAUAUUGCAGUAAUUUGAAGUUUAAAGUGCCUGAAAUACGCAUCGAAAGUUCAGCGUCGAGUUCCAGCCGGGAAUUUCCGAAAUCAGAAACCAUCGACGAUGCUAAAUUCACGGGAACAUUUUCCUCUGCCAAUGAAAAUCGUUCUUCGACUACCGAAAAACAAUUGAACCGCGAAACUUCGAUCAGCGAGAAUCGAACUUUUUAUAUGAAGUCCGUCGUGAUUAUGAUAUUGAACAAAUUGAAGGAGAUUUGCUCGGAGUGCGAAUUAAGAACGGACCAUUUCAAAAACGAAUUAGCGUACCAAGGAUCGUUGGAGAACGUGAUAGAAAAAUCGAAGAGCCUGAUUGAGAAGCUGAAAAUCCAGCUGGACGAUCAGCAGAAUAAAUUGACGAAUAUCCCUAAAAACUGGGCCUCGGAGCUCUGCGCGCGAAAAAUACGUCGCGAGGAUCGUUUCUCGAGCGAUAGAGAAACAUUGGAGAUCAUAGAAACACAGAGCACGUCGGAUUCGUCAGAAAAAACGAUACUUUUGGGCGAAGAUGGGCGGAACGAAAUCACCGAAAUCUCAAUCGACAGGAAUAAAAGAGAUGAAACAUCGUCGCCUAAGAGAAGAAAAAUCCUAGAAGAAGGAGAAAGCGACAGCAAGAAAAAUAUUGCACGGUUCUCAAACGAUAAAGCUACGUCUCCCAUCUUGGGCAGCAGGCACAAGAACAGAAGCGCGAUGAAAAAACCGCAAAUAAUUCACAAAUCUACAGAAAUUUCUAAUAAAUUCCAAGAAAAUUCUUCGAAGAAUCUGUUCGAAGAGGCUGCGAUUGAGAAUGACAAUAAAAACGCGUUGAAUAUAGAGCGAUCGGAGCUCGAGAAACCGGAGAUAUUCUUAUCGGGAGCGAACAACGAGGAAAUCGGUGCCAAGAGCGAGCUCGAUAAAUCCGAUAAGCCGUCGGAAGGGAGUGAAUCUACCGCGGAAAUGAAUAACAACGAGUUCCUCCUGAAAAUGCUUGCGCUGAAAUCGGUUCUUUCCGACGAGAACGCGUCCUCGAGAACCAACGAUUCUUCGUCGACCGCGACGAUUAGGCUCAGAAUGAACCUGGACGACGACAGAAUGCAAGCGGACGCUGCCGGGUUCCGUUUCAGAAGCCCUUCUAACGUGGAAACCAUCCGAAACGGCGAGUCCGUUUCCGAAAGGUCCGACCUGGACACCGUCGAUUUAAACAGACCGAGUGACGGAAACGUGAUUAAGAACAAUUUAUCGCGAAAUGGCAGCAUCGACAUUGGCUCUGUCGAUACAAAAUCGGCCGAUUCGAUGGAUUCGUUGUCGACGAUGGUGAUAUAUCGAGGAGCCUGCGAGUCCGACGACAGCAGAAGAAACGAACGAGCGAAGGCCACGCUGCUGUUUUCGACGAGCAGCGAAAGCUGGAGCAGCGAAGACAGCGUACAAUUUGCGACUGUGAAGAAUCGGAGAGCUGAGGACGAAUUGGAGAGACGAGAUUCGGAUGACGAGAUUCUCGAAGAAUUUCCUUGUAAUUCCAGGCUGGUCGAGAGAGCGAAGAUAAAGCCGCGCGAAUUAAACGGCGAAUCUGACGAAAAGCUGGGAAUGGGAGCUAUCGUUGACCUCGAAAGGUUGUCGGAAGAAGUUCUCGAAAAGCACGCAGGUGCUUUGGAAAAAUCACGCGAACGUUUGGACUACGAAGAAAUUAAAAGGCUAAUCGAUUUGAAUGCACUUGGACGCGACAGAAGGAAAGCGAGCGGUUGGUCGCCGAUUUUCGUGUUUAAGAAGCCUAAUAGAGCAACUGCGGAGCCGGAAGACACGCUCCUGGAUCAUUUGAAGAGAGUAGAAAAUUGCGAGUUAACCGAAAGCAUCGUGGAGGAAAAAGACGCCGUUACGGACUGUGAAAAUAAGCCGACGAGUAUAACGUACGAUAUUCAGAGUAACGAAGAGUUGAUGAUGGAAGCUGACAGGAUUGCGAAGAGCAUGCUCUUAAAUUCCGAUGACUCGGAUUCGACAUCGUCGACGUUUUCUUUCGAACAGAAGUUACGAACAAUUGAAGUAGAACCGAAGUCGUUCUUACUUUCAGCGUCUCAGAACGUGACUUCGCUUUAUGGCAGUAACGAUGAAGAAAAACGAGAGGAAACCAAAUUAGAAAACAACGCAACGAUGUCGGCGCAAAAAUCAGGGAAGAAACGUGUUGCCAGCAAUGAGGAGCCCGAGAAAAAACGUGAGAGCAAUCGAAAAAGCGCCUGGAAAUGGAAUAGAUUAUUGAACAGGAAAUUUUCGUCGUCCGCCUCCGAAGACGAAAUAAUCGAGCAGUAUCAGGAGCUGGUGCGAUCGAAGAGAAAGGUGACAGAAGAUCGGAUAGAAGAUCCGGAUACGGCCGUCAAACAAGAGAGGAUGACCGAUUACAAAACAAUUCAAGGCACUGUACCGAUCAUAGAAUUAGCGGAUUCCAAUUCGGACGUGCAAUUGUUGGAUUCCGAUUCGACGUUCGAAAUGAGAUUUCCCAACACGGAUUCGUCGAUCGGCGAGGAAAUGUACCUCUCACGCGAUUCGAGAACAACGAGCUCGAUAAACGUGCGAAAAGAAACGGCGAGUAAUACCGACAGCGACGAUGACAGUGAUCCUGAUUACGUAGCCAAGAAUUUUCAAGGAAAGCCCGUUAAAAGAGAAGGUCGCAAGAAUAUACGAAAAGUGAUGGAAGACGAGCAGGUCGCUCUGGCGACGAGACGAGUCGCGAAAGAAGAGGCGGAGAGGCUUGAACGGAUUGCUCACCGGCAAAAAUUAUACGACGAGAUGUUGAAAGGGAAAUCGCCUAACGAAGAGGCGCUGCAAAAACUGGUAUUAGAUUUUAAUACUGAAACGAAAGAGGAGCUCGUGACCGUUCACUCGGACAUAGUGAAAUGCUUGAAACCUCAUCAGGUCAAGGGAAUCAAAUUCAUGUGGGACGUUUGCUUCGAGUCUCUCGAAAGGAUUAGAUCGUCAUCGGGUUCCGGAUGCAUAAUCGCGCAUUGCAUGGGCCUCGGUAAAAGCCUCCAAGUAAUCGCAUUGUUGCACACAUUGUUGAAUCACGAAGAAACUGGCGUCAAAGCGAUCGCGAUCGUCUGCCCUAUGAACACGAUACUCAAUUGGAACAAGGAAUUUAACUUGUGGUUGCGGGACAUCGAAGGCACCAGUGUCAAGGUUUACGAAUUAACGAAAUCAAGGAAUAAUGUGCAGAAGAAAUGGCAAUUAGAGUCUUGGUACGGGAGCGGCGGCGUUCUUCUGAUCAGCUACGCCAUGUUCCGAAAAUUGACCUGCGCGAACAACAGUAAAAUGCCGGAGUCGUGGAAGAAGGAGAUGCUACGCUAUCUGAUAGAUCCUGGGCCCGAUUUAGUGGUCUGCGACGAGGGUCAUUUGCUGAAAAACGAGGACACCGCUCUCAGCAGAUCGAUGAGACGGAUCAAAACGUUGCGCAGAAUAGCGCUGACCGGCACGCCCCUGCAAAAUAACUUGAUCGAAUAUCAUUGCAUGAUGCAAUUUGUGAAGCCGAAUCUCCUGGAAACCAAGAAUAAAUUUUUGAACAGAUUCGGCAAUCCGAUAAACAACGGCCAAUACGGCAAUUCAACGAAAAACGACGUGAGAUUAAUGAAGCAACGAGCGUACGUUCUGCACAAAAUGUUGGAGAGCUGCGUGCAGAGAUUGAAUUAUUCGGUGCUGACGCCGCUGUUGCCGCCCAAGCAGGAAUACGUUAUUUUCGUGAGACUGUCCGACGUGCAGAUCAAAAUGUACCGAUAUUAUGUAAACAACCUGGCUCGAUGCCAGUAUUCCACGAAAGGCUCCCUUUUCCAAGAUUAUCAGAUGCUGCAGAGGAUAUGGACGCAUCCUGUAACGAUGCGUUGGCACUCGGAAAGAAUACGGAGAAUCAACGAGAAGAGCUCGGAGUUCGAUUUUAUCAGCGACGAGACUGAAAGCACCGACAGCGAAGGAUCGAAUGAUGCUCCAAAGUCAUCGAGAAAUGUCGAGACUGAGAUUGUCAGGCCCGAAGAAAUCGAGAGGACGCAUUGGUGGACGCAAUUCGUCGAGUCCGAUCACUUGGACGAUAUAAGCAUCUCCUCGAAAUUAAUGCUGUUGUUCGGCAUUUUGAAAAAAUGCGAGCUAAUCGGCGACAAACUAGUGGUGUUCUCGCAGUCAUUGUAUUCGUUGACCUUGAUCGAGCAUUUUUUGGUAAACAUCGACAAGGAGACGCAGAAAAGUGAGAAUUCAGAGUGCACGGGGCACAGAAGCAGUUGGUUGUUUGGCUUGGAUUAUUAUCGAUUGGAUGGAAAAACGUCGCCGAAGGAAAGAUUUCGAUGGUGCGAAGCGUUUAAUAGUCCGACGAAUACAAGGGCGAUGCUGUUCUUGAUAUCGACGCGCGCCGGCGGUUUAGGUAUUAAUUUGACUGCUGCUAAUCGGGUGAUUCUAUUCGAUGCGAGUUGGAAUCCCUCGCACGAUGUGCAGAGUAUAUUUCGUGUGUAUAGGUUUGGUCAGAAAAAGCCGUGUUACGUUUACCGAUUUCUGGCGGCCGGAACGAUGGAGGAGAAAAUUUACAAUCGGCAAGUGACGAAAUUGUCGCUCUCCUGCAGAGUCCUCGACGAACAACAAAUAGAACGGCAUUACAGAAAUCAUGAUUUAGUCGAGUUGUACACUUUUAAGCCGAACAAGGGUGGGGGAAGGGCAACGUUGAAUCUGCCAAAAGAUAGAUUGCUGGCGGAAAUAUUUUUGAAGUAUAAAAAUUACGUGGAGAACUAUCACGAACACGACUCCCUUUUGGAGAAUAAGUCCGAGGAAGAAUUGAACGAGGAAGAAAGAAAGCAAGCCUGGGUAGAUUACGAAAAGGAGAAAGCAGAAAAGCCAAUGAUCAGCGAUGAGUUCGCGUUACUGUUCAAACAAUCAUCGAUGUAUAGUUACUACAACUAGAUCUUUUUCACGACGUUGUGUCCAUCGUGUCCGCGCGGGCAUUGCACAAUUUUCAUUUUUGCUCUUCCUUUCCUUUCUAUGUUACAUCUCCGUACGUAAAUUAAAAGUUUUGUUCGCGAAGUAAUAAUCGUCUGUAUAAUGUAACGGAACGCGACUUGUUCUAUUAAAAUGAAAAAUGUUAUUGAAAGCGAUUCAACAAUCACAAGUGGUCUGGAUAGACUUUCCCAGAUGUGUAGGAAAGAUAAGAGAAAUGUGACAAUCCUCAGCAAUGAAAUAAAGAUUCAUUAGAGAGAUA